CACUAAGCACCUCUGCUUCUUUUCCCUCUUUCAUCAAUUUUGCAAACUCAACUUUUCAUUUUUCUAUCUUUCGAGCCUCUCUAUUGGGAGAAAUACUAUCUCCCCCCCUUUUCUCCUUCUUUCUCCCAUACAACAACAUUCCUUCUUCUUCUUGUUGUUUGUUGCCCAAGAAAGAGGAAGGUGAACAAAUAACAUUUGCUUUUCCAACCUAUAGAUUUUGCAUCACUUUUGUGUGUCUGUUUAGAUUGGUGUUGUAACUUAGAUUAUAUAUUUAGAGAAGCUCUCCAAGUCACAAUGGUCCGAGCUUUUACAACCCAAGCCACAAUGCAGAAGACUAAAUCUUUCCAGUUGAAACGUAUGUUUGAGAUUCCAAGACAUCUUCAGAAUUUGAUUUUUGAGAAUGGGCAGGAAGGCGAAGGAGAUGGCGAAAAUGUUCAAUUACUGAGUCCAGGCUCCAGGACUGCUGCGGAAGACGGUCCGGUCGAGGCACAAGGAAUGUGGGGAGCUAAUCAUGAUAAGGGUACAGCUUCAGAUGGGGACCAAGGAGAAAGGAUAAAAAGUCCUAUAGGCAAGAAACCUUCAGAUAUGGAAAUGAUGAAGGAAAGGUUUUCUAAGCUGCUUUUGGGUGAAGAUAUGUCAGGUGGUGGAAAGGGUGUCUCUUCGGCUUUGGCUUUAUCCAAUUCCAUAACCAACCUAGCAGCAUCUGUUUUUGGAGAACAAAGGAAACUAGAGCCUAUGUCUCCUGAUAGGAAAGCGAGGUGGGUGAAAGAAAUCGGCUGGCUUUUGUCUGUGACAGAUCACAUCGUUGAAUUCGUCCCUUCACAACAGAAUGGAACAAACAUGGAGAUUAUGGUGACUCGGCAAAGAAAUGAUCUGCACAUGAACAUUCCUGCCCUACGCAAGCUCGAUGGAAUGCUCAUUGGCCACCUGGAUAGCUUUGGAACCCCAAGUGAGUUCUGGUAUGUGAAAAGAGAUGCUCAAGACUCUGAAAAGGGUGAUGAUGCCCCAAGAAAUGAAGAGAAAUGGUGGAAACCCACUGUUAAAGUCCCCCCUGAAGGGCUAUCAGAUGAAUGUCGAAGAUGGCUGCAAUCUCAGAAGGAAUCUGUGAACCAAGUACUAAAAGCAGCAAUGGCGAUUAACGCUCAAGUACUUUCAGAAAUGGAGAUACCUGAUAACUACAUUGAAUCCCUUCCUAAGAAUGGUAGAGCCAGCCUGGGUGAUUCAAUCUAUAAGUGCAUAACAGUGGACUACUUUGAUCCUGUGGAAUUUUUUGACACCAUGGACUUGUCCACAGAGCACAAGGUGCUUGACCUCAAAGACAGGAUUGAGGCCUCUAUUGUCAUUUGGAAGAGGAAGAUGAACCACAAGGAUGGAAAGUCUUCAUGGAGUUCAGUUGUGAGCUUGGAGAAGAGAGAACUCUUUGAAGAGAGAGUGGAGACCAUAUUACUCCUAUUAAAGCAGAAGUUCCCAGGAAUUCCACAAUCUGCUCUUGACAUAAGCAAAAUUCAAUACAAUAAGGAUGUGGGGUAUGCUAUUCUAGAGAGCUAUUCAAGGGUAAUAGAAAGCUUGGCCUUCAACGUCAUGUCUAUGGUUGAAGAUGUUCUUUAUGCUGAUAAUCAAGCUCGAAAGGCGUCAUCAAACAGGAGGCUUUCAGUGGACUCAUCAUCACCAUUUACAGAUAAUGGGAGGUCCCCUUAUGCUAGGGAAGACGCGGACAGGUUGAGUUCUUCAGAGACACCAACAAAGACACUCUUUGAGUUCAUGGGCUGGAAUGCAGAAACGGAAGAGACUGAUAUGGAGAAGGAUAGCUCCACAGGCAAUAAGGAGAGCUACUUUAAAGAAGACACUGACAAGAGUAUGAGCAAACCUCCUACUAACAUAAACACCAAGCGAUUUUCCUAUUUAGAGAAGCUUGAGAAGUUGAGUGGUCUAAGAAGUCCAACAGCUCGGCAUUGAUAGAAGAACUGAGAAAAAGAGAAGAAUUAAACAAUUGAAGAAUAGAGAGGACAAUGAGAGAGAGAGAGAGAGGGA